AUGCCAACGAAUGGGAUCCACCAGGUGCUGAAGAUCCAGUUCGGGUUGAUCAACUGCGAGAGCCGGUACCUGACGGCGGAGAGCUUCGGCUACAAGGUGAACGCCUCGGCGCCCAGCCUCAAGCGCAAGCAGAUCUGGACGCUGGAGCAGGAUGAAGCCGACAGCUCCAUCGUCUUCCUCAAGAGCCACCUGGGCCGCUACCUGGGCGCCGACAAGGACGGCAAGGUGCGCUGCGAGGCGGAGCAGCCGGGCCGGGACGAAGGCUUCAGCAUCAUCACGCAGUCGGACGGGCGCUGGGCGCUGCAGUCGGCCCCGCACCGGCGCUUCUUCGGGGGCCGCGAGGAUCGGCUGUCCUGCUUCGCCCCCAGCGUGACCGAGGGGGAGCUCUGGACCGUGCACCUGGCCAUGCACCCCCAGGCCAACCUGCUGAGUGUCAGCCGCCGCCGCUACGCCCACCUGAGCGCCCACGAGGACGAGAUCGCCACCGACAGCAACCUGCCCUGGGGGGUGGACGCGCUCAUCACCCUGUGCUUCCAGGACAAGAAGUACAGCCUGCGCACGGCCGACGAGCGCUACCUGCGCUGCGAUGGCACCUUGGUGCCCGAGCCCGGCGCCGGCACCGGUUACACCCUCGAGUUCAAGGCCGGCAAGUUGGCGUUCAAGGACUGCGACGGGAAAUACCUGGCGCCCACCGGACCCACCGGCACUCUCAAAUCCGGCCGCAGCUCCAAGCCGGGCAAAGAUGAACUCUUUGACCUGGAGGAGAGUCACCCCCAGGUGGUGUUCACAGCGGCCAACGGCAGAUAUGUGUCCAUCCGGCAGGGUGUGAAUGUCUCAGCAAACCAGGACGAGGAGCUGAACCACGAGACCUUCCAGCUGCAGAUCGACCGCGACACCAACAAGUGCAGCCUCCACACCAACACCGGCAGCUACUGGACCCUGGUGGCCCACGGGGGCAUCCAGGCCGUGGCCACCGAAAUCGCUGCCAACACCAUGUUUGACAUCGAGUGGCGCGGGCGGCGCGUGGCCCUGCGCGCCAGCAACGGCCGCUACGUCUGCACCAAGAGGAACGGGCAGCUGGCGGCCGUCAGCGACACUGUGGGGGAGGAUGAGGAGUUCACUCUGAAGCUGAUCAACCGCCCGAUGCUGGUGCUGCGGGGGGAGCACGGCUUCGUCUGCUACCACCGGGGCUCCAACCUGCUCGACUCCAACCGCUCCGUCUACGACGUCUUCCACAUCAGCUUCAGCGACGGCGCCUACCAGAUCCAAGGCCAGGGGGGCAAGUACUGGUACGUGGCGAGCAGCGGGUCGGUGUGCAGCGACGGGGACCUCUCCGAGGAUUUCUUCUUCGAGUUCCGGGAGCGGGGCCGAGUGGCCAUCAAAGGGAAGAACGGGCGGUACCUGCGCGGGGACCCCGCGGGGACCCUGCGAGCCGACAGCGAGUCCGUGCUGCGGGCCACGCUCUGGGAGUACUGA